AUGAGCUUCGGCGCGCCGGCGCCCGGUAUGCCGGCCAUGCCGGGCAUGUCGAUGCCCAUGUACGGCUACGGCAUGCCGCGGCCGAUGCCCGGGGGCAUGCCGGGACUCACAUCACAGACCAUGUCAAGCACGAACCCGAUGCUGGGGGGCGCCGACGUCGGCGUGCCCGGCAACUUUGCCAAUGUCCCCAUGUCCUAUCCCCAGUUUACCAACGGCAUGAUGUUUCCCGGUAUUCCGGCUACGGGCCUCCCUGCCGCAAUGAACCCCAAUGCCGCGUCGCCGUUCCCUGCGCCCGGCGCGCCUGGCAUGCCGGGCGCGAUGGGCGUCGGCAAAGCCAAGAAGCAACUCGGCCGUCCCCGCAAGUACCCCGUCUCGGAGGUGCCCGACAUGCGCUUUGCGCAAUUUGGUCAGCCCGAAGCGUCACGCAAGAAGGAGCCUGCGCCGGUGCCGCAGCUCAAGUCGCGUCUUAAGCCGCCGAAGCAGUCGCCGUCCGCAUGGCAAAUCUUUUUUACCGAGGAGCUGCAAAAGAUCAAGGCUGCGUCGCCCGAAGAGCGCCUCAAUGUUGCGCACGUCGCCAAGGAUGCGGGCCUGCGGUAUGCCGCGCUGCCCGAGAGCGAGCGGCAAAAGUUCCAGGAGCGCAGCCAAGAGGCCAAGGAGCAGUACGAGAAGGAUCUCGCAGCGUGGCGGGCAAAGUUGACGCCCGACGACAUCCGCCACGAGAACAUGUUUCGCUCUGCGCAGCGCAAGUUGGGCAAAUCGCGCCGUGGUAACCUCAAGGACCCCAACGCCCCCAAGAAGCCGCUCUCGGCCUACUUUCUGUUCCUGCGCACGAUCCGCACGGACCCCGAGAUGUCGAAAGAAGUGCUGGAAGGCGAGCACGAGACGACCAAGCAGAGCGUACUGGCGGCGGCCAAGUGGCGCACGCUCAGCGACGAGGAGAAGCAGCCCUACCUCGACCAAGCCGACAAAGACAAGGCUGAGUACGAGCGCUUGCGGCGCGAGUACGAGGAGUCGCGCGGCAUCACGCGCCCCAGCACCUCGCACACGCCUGCCCAUGCGGCGCAUGACGACGAGCCGCCGUCGAGCGUCGGCUUUGAUGCCGAACACGGCGAGCUAGACGACUUGGGCGAUGCAAAGCAUCCAUUCUCCUUGGGCCAGCCCGAAGCGGCACAAGUGUUGUAA